AUGACGGAGCAAGAAAAGGCGGCUCAGGAUGUUGCCUUUGAAAGAGACUACGUUGUCGUUGAGAAGAAGCACGUGGAGGUGAACGCCUUUGCAGAUGAAAUGGCGGCUAAUCCGCGCUUGACUUCUCUCUCACCCAAGACCGGGCAGAUGAUUCGUCGCGCCACACAACAAGGUCCUCCGACUUCGACCACAGGCGCAGGCCGUGUGCAGCCUUCAAAUGCCGUGCAGAUCGCCUCGGGCAAGGGACGCCACGAUCGUCGUGACUCUUACGAUAGCAAGAACUUCUCGGCAAGCCCCACGACUCAAGGAUUCAUCGCCAAGGCGAUCUCAGAUGCCAGCGUUCGUCUGUUCGGCUUCAAGGUCCCACAACAUGUUCUGGGCGGCAAGGGUGCCUCUCCGCCUCUCUACAGUCCAUUCCCAGCGUACCCGACACCAUCGGGUCCCGUUGCGCUGAUUGGUGACGGCAAGCAGAGCGCACCAGUCGACGAAGAUGCCCGAGCUGUGAAACUGAUUCAGGAUUUCGCCCAUCGCAGUGACUGCGUCUAUGGAUUUGCCGAGGUGAAGUACAAGCAGCUUUUCCCGCUUGCCCCCUCUAUGGACCACGGUCUUGGUGGCGCACCUGCCGACCAGUUGACGGGAGAGGAGGACGGGCUCACCAUUGAGGCCGAAGUCCUUCUCUCGGAAGAGGCCUUGGUUCUUUAUGUCAAAGCUUUGACACUGCUUGCCAGGGCCAUGGACGUUGCAAGUCUUUGGUGGUCGCGAAAGACUCGCGGUGACUCCACGGGUGUUGCUGCUGCCGAGGUUUCCAAGGAGAGCCUUGCACAACGCAUCAACUCUACCGUACAAUGGGUCCGGGGCCGCUUUAACGAAGUCUUGGAGAAGACGGAGGUUGUCCGGCUCAAGCUCAUUGCCGUCCAGCAGAAGCUCCCCGAUGAUCACCCAAGCCACCCCAGCAACCACGGCGGAGAGUCUGCUUCCUCGACCGCGUCCGGCACGAGGGAUGUCUACCUCACACCUGGUAUCAGCGCGGAGAAGCUUAUGUACGACCGAGCCUUGGAGAUGAGUCGUACGGCAGCCAUCGAUGAGAUUACAAACGAGAACCUUGAAGGCUGCGUUACCUACUACGUCACUGCCAUUCGUAUGCUUGAGGCUGUCCUAGACAACGAUGAGGACACGGUCAAGCGAAGGUACUCCGCCUCGAGCAAGGAGCUUGUUCGAGAGGAGGUAUCUAGCGAUCUGGACAGUGACGACCAACAGGUUGUUAAUCGAAUGAUUCAAAUGAUUACUGGACGCCUGUCGACCGUCCGCAAGAAGAUGGCGAUGAUUGCCGAGGCAUCGCGAUCUCAACAGGCUAUGCAGCUUCCAGUGCGGAAGCGAAGUGGCGAUGUUACGCCGCGCAGCGUGCCCUCAUAUGCUUCUUAA